CGGUGAAGCACUGUUGGGCAGUAUAACCUGCCGGAACCGGCGAAAGGCAAAUUUGACUCUGUUCUGUCUGCUACCCUGCCAUCUCGUUGUAUUCCAGUCAUUUUGAGUGACUCUGCAUCUAGAUUUUUCAUUUAGAGUGCUCGUUUUGAGUGUGGCGGAAGAUAGAGCUGUUUUGUUUCCAUGUUUCGACUUCUUAAUCGUUAAUCCAACAUGACGUACGACGACUUGGUUAACCAGUUGGGGGAGUUUGGUCGCUACCAGAAGAGGAUCUACAUUCUCCUAUGUUUGCCUGCAAUAUCCUGUGCAUUUCACAAACUUGCUUGGGUUUUUCUCGGCCCAAAAGCAGAUCAUAGAUGUCAGCUACCAUUUGAAUCACCAAAUGCAACAUACAGACUUGCACCAGACAUUUGGAAUAUGUCUAUACCAUGGGACUACAAGUUUGGAAAUUUCUCUUCUUGUGAAAGAUUUGAUGCUACUUUUUCGGAUGAAUAUUUUCAAAAUGGCCAGCUACCCACAGAAAAAGUAGCAUGCUCUAACUGGAUCUAUGAUCAUUCCAAAUAUCAAAGCAGUGCAGUUAUGGAAUGGAAUCUUGUAUGUAAUAGUGCAUGGCUUAGAGCAACUGCAGAUUCUCUUUUCAUGAUAGGCGUCCUCUUGGGAUCUAUCAUUUUUGGAGCUCUUUCUGAUAGAUAUGGUCGGCGGCCUAUAUUCUUUACAUCUUUAGUUCUUCAAGUGGUUGGAGGUACCUUAGCUGCUAUUGCACCUGAAUUCAUUUCAUUUGUUAUUGCUCGAAUGUUAGUUGGGGCUACAACUUCAGGAGUGUUUCUUGUUGCCUAUGUCAUUGCACUAGAAAUGGUUGGAUCCAAAAAGCGUCUCAUAGCUGGAACAGUGUGCCAAAUGUUCUUCUCAUUUGGCUACAUGUUGACUGCUCUUGUGGCAUACCUAAUCACAGAUUGGCGACAUCUUCAAAUUGCCCUGACUUUACCUGGUUUGGCAUUUAUGUGCUAUUGGUGGUUUAUCCCUGAAUCUGCUCGUUGGCUGCUCACCAAAAAUCGCAAUGAAGAAGCUAUUGAGAUCCUCCUAAAAGUUGCCAAAGAAAACAAAGUUUCCAUUACAGCUGAAAGAAUACAGGAACUCUUAGAUCAAGAUGAUGAUGCCAUAGAAACUGGCAAGGAAAUGACUACCAUGGAAUCAGGCACCCCACUGAUGAACAAAGAAACUGUUCAAAAUGGAGUUGAGCACAAUGUUGAGGAGGGUAAAGAUCCCCAAGAAACUAAGAUACUGGCAAAUGGGGUUGGUGAUGCUGAAAAAAAGUCUGAGGAGACAUCGAGCCCUUCUGUUCUGGACCUAUUCCGCUACCCUAAUCUCAGAAAAAAAUCUCUGAACAUAUUUUUCAGCUGGUUUGUUAAUAGUGCUACAUACUAUGGACUCUCUUGGAACACAUCAAACCUUGGAGGCAAUGAUUAUUUAAAUUUCCUUGUGUCUGGUGUGGUUGAAAUUCCUGGUUACAUAAUGCUCCUCUUACUGUUGAAUCGCUGGGGCCGUAAAGGCACAUUGUGUUUAGCCCUGAUUGUUGCUGGUGUAGCUCUUCUUCUAACAUUAUUAGUACCAGCUAACACUGAUUGGUUAGUUAUCACUUUGGCUAUGAUUGGAAAAAUGACUAUAACUGCUUCAUAUGGGACACUCUACAUAUUUACUGCAGAACAGUUCCCAACUGUUAUUCGAAAUGUUGGACUAGGAGCAGCAUCUACAUCAGCUCGAGUUGGAGGAGUGCUGGCACCAUAUUUUAACUUGCUGGCUGACUACUGGCGUCCUUUACCUCUACUCAUUUUUGGAUCUCUCGCUCUAAUAUCGGGUUGCUUGGCUUUACUGCUCCCAGAAACUCUGAAUAAGAAGCUACCUGAGACAAUAGCAGAUGGAGAGCAAUUUGGAAAGAAAGUGAAGAGCCCAAAGCAUUCACCUUCUGCUGAAGCCAAUGACAGUUAACUUAGUGGCUGUCUUCUUAGAAGUCUCAAGUUCAAACAUUGAGCAAGCUGAUGAUUUUUAUGUUGUUGUUGUUUUAGUAGUAAGCUUUCAAUAUCUCAUUUGAGAUUCCGUGAGUGGUAGUGCCGUAUUUGAACCAAAAAUCUGUGAACAGUCAUUGUGCACCUGACAAACUUAGUGUUCAAAUUGGACUAAUGUACUGUAAGGAAGAACAUUUGAACUUAAGACUAAAUGACAAUAUACUUGUAUGUUUUAUACAUUGACAAUAUUGGUUUGACAUUGGCUGCAUUUAAAUGUGUAUGUCUAAAUAGAUUUUCUACAACUUGUGCCUUGUGGCAUGAACCAAACUAAAUUAGUUUACUAGAAUCUGUUGAAUAUGAGCCAAAUCAGUAUGACUUGCACAAAGUAGUCCAGCUACUAUACCAAAGAAACCUGAUAGAUUAAUUUCAGUACAACUUUUAAAAUUUUAAAUAAUGUGGAAUACUAUUUAUUUAUUCUAAGCAUGAACUUAAGUGUUUUGUAUUAAAGCUUUUAUGCUUUUCUGAGCAGCUAAGAAUGAAAUGAGUGACUGCUCUUCCAUAUAUUCUCUGUACUUUUGUUACAUUUUUGUAUGCUCUCAAACUCUUUAUUUUUAACUUGUAGUAAAUAUUAUUGAUAUUUUAAUAUACAUACAUCUCUCCAGUGUAUUAAGCCAAGAGAAAGAAAAAUGUAUUGAUGCAUGACUUUUUUAAAAAGGGACUUUUUACUUAAAUUGUAAACAUUUUGCUAAGCUAUUUUGAAAAACGAUCUCUCUUUCAAUGUGUUAGACAAAAUAUUGACAUUAUGAACCAUAUUUGUAAUCAAACUGACAACUAGAAACUAAGUUGUGCAUCGCCAUGACCUCAAGUAAUUAAACUGUUUCAAUUGCAACCAA